ACAGCGAGUGCGGGAGAGAGACAGAGACAAACUUGCACCUCCUUCCUUAUAUGUGACAGUCCAGCUCCGCCGCCUCUUCCUCCUCUGCUUCUCUCUCUCUCUCUCACUCUAAUUCCGUCUCUCGCAUCCACAUCUCUGAAUCUCUCCGUCUGCUCAGCCUCUGUUACAUCCCUUCAUUUUUCUCCACCGCCACCACCACCGCCGCCUCCUCCUCCUCCUCCUCUUCCUCCUGCCUCUCAUUCUCCUUCUUUUUAUUUUAAUUUUUCAUCUAUCGAUAUGCUCCUCAAGUCCGCCAACUUGCAGAGCCUGUGGAUGCCGAGUUAAUAACAAGAAGGAGAAGAAGGAGGCGGCAAAUGCUCUGUCGGGGAAUAAGAGGAAAGAACUACGCACGGUCGCAUCUUUCUUUGAGUGCGUUGGCUUGAACGGAGCAACAGUAUGGAUCUGUCCUUCAUGGCUGCGCAGAUCCCAGUAAUGACGGGAGCCUUCAUGGACUCCUCGCCCAACGAUGACUACAGUGGCGAGCACUCGCUCUUCAACUCCUCAGCCAGCGUCCACGCUGCCGCCUCGGCCGCCUCGGUGCACGGCCAACAGGAUGAGUCGCAGUCAAUGUCGAGCGAUGCCAUCUGGCUCUGGAUUGCCAUCGUCGCCACCAUCGGAAACAUUGUGGUGGUGGGCGUUGUCUAUGCCUGCACUUUCUGAUGACAAUAUGCUGACAAGCACAUGCAAACACACACACACACACACACACACACCCCUCAAUGAGGCCACGAUUUAUAGACAGACAUGCAUAUUGUCUCUCCAUGUCUCUCUCUCUGUCUCUCUCUCCCUCGCACUCGGCUUGUGGAUGAGUUUUGGCCCCUAAGCGUGUGGAUGUUGUAAAACUAGACAAUGACAUAUAGACUGCUAUGUUUCUUUAUCAGAGGGAAGACUGGGACUUGGCUGCAUUUGUCAGGACCGAGUGUUUUCGAAUGCUACAACAGGAAGUUUUUUUUUUCUUUUCUUUUUUUUCUUUAUGUACGACAGCUCUUUAGUUAAAACUAGAAACACCAGAUCUGUGCUCUCAAGCAAGAAUCAAAGGAGCUUUUUUAAGUUUGUGUCCGUGUUUGUCCUCAAACAACACCCUCACUUGUAAUGCUGAGAUGAGAAUGGAGAUUAAAUGGGGUUUAACAUUCAGGUUGAGCCCAGCCAUCUUAAACAUCCACCAGAUAGCUGCGAAGCAAUUUAGGGCAGUGCCAUUUCAUUAUGUGGCUGAGCAGAGAUGGUGAAUGUUAAAAGAUUUAGAAAGUACUGGGAUUAUAUUCAUGUCAGGCAGCCCCUAGGCCCAGGACAUUAGAACUCAUUUAUGGACUAAUUUGCGGGUGAAACACUGGACACUGAUCAUCAGUGCAGUAUGUCUCCAAACCAUUUCACUGACAGGAAACAAAGAAGAGGACAUUGACUAUCAAUAAAAUCAUUUUGCUACACAUUUAAAAAUUAAAAUUGUCUCUGCGACGUUAAUUCAAUUACACACAAUGGAUGAUGACUUUAUAAUUAGAUGUGUAGUGUAAAACUAAGUCAACCCCUUUGCGUGGGCUUAUUGUCAAAUACCUACAGUAAUAUUCACUACGAAUUCUUUGAAAAAAUAUUGUCGUGGUCUGUUCAUUUAUGUUUAGAUAUUAACUACAGGUGUUAACAAAAUAGAAUUAAAAGCACAAAUUGAUUUGCAAGAUGAUGUAGCCUAUUUUACUUACUGCACCAGAUUUUGUUUGUCAUCUUUUUCUUAAAGUACAACUUGUAAAAUUGUUACUAUUUUUAUUAUUAUUAUUAUUAUUAUUGCUGUGUAUUAAUACGGUCAGCAGCAGAAGGUGGAAGAUCCUGAUAUUGCCGUUAUGUAAGGUCACAUUUGGAAAACCGGUAAAUACACAUGUUCAAAAGCAAUUUAACACCGAUCAGAUCUCUGGUUAACUUGAUGACUUGUGAUAAAUGUAUGCUAAUGUGAGUUGGAGAAAGGAUGCCUUAUUUUGAACAAAAAUGAUAUAUAAAGCAAAAGCUUCACUGUGAGACUACAGGCAUUAACCUGCAGCCACAGAUGCAAUUUAUCCUCUUCUUCUGUGAGCAUUUAACAAAUCCCUUCACACACAAAAAUAAUCACUGAAUUUACACAAAUACAACAUCUGGUAACCAUUGAAUGUUUGCUAAUUAUUUGUGCUUUGCUUAGACUAUUUCAUUUCCCUUGUUAAGACAGCAAGCUAUAGGGCAAAUGAUAAAAAUGUUAAUAAUUUUAUUUUACCGAUAUGAAUUCAGAUUCAGCAAGUAGUUUUUAUUUGUCUGUCAAAUUUACCACUGGAGAAAUGGAAAGAGAGAGGUGUACUUUACAGUAAACUUACAUUUCUGAUGGGAGAUUAGGAGAUAAUAUCAAUGUUAGAUUAAAAGAUAUGAACCUGUCUUGUAAACACCAUACCUGUUCAAAUUCUCACAUUGCAGAUUACAGUACUAGCUUAUUAACUGAAAAUGAACUUAAAUGAACAAUAAUCUAAUCUUUGUUGUUAUGAGUAUACUUAUACAAUGCUCAAAGAUGGACUUUUCAAGUCGGUUAUUUUUAAUAAGUGGUUGAUGUAGAAAUACUGUGUGACAUGUUGUAAACCACACACACAAUGCUCCUUUUGUAAAGAUAUAUGCUAUUAAAA